AUGAAUAAUAACCCAGAGUAUUUAAGAUAGCAGUUCGAUACUACCUAAUAGUCGUCUGCUUCAGGCUUCAAGAAUGGCUAGAGAACUUUUGACACCAGCCCUUCCCUCCUAAGAAUGUUCCAAGGCAAUCCUUCAUAACAAAUUUCCACCCAGAUUAGAUCUUUCGAUUAUUCUGCAGCAUUAGGUACAUCUAAUGGAUAUAUAAAGAACCAAGGCUUGAAUCAAUCACCAAGACUCAUGGACGCUCUUAACUCAGUUUUAAACACCUAGAACCAAAACCAAAGAUCAGCACUUGAACUGCUCGAAACAGAGGAGAAAUGUUAGUACCACUUAAAGGAGUAAAACAUUGCAGUUGAUGAUGAGACCGGAACCUUUGCUUGCAACAAAUGCGUUUUUGAGAAAAAAAUCUAAAAGCCAUUGUUCAUGGCAACCUUCGCGAGACAAACCAAGAAAAGGUUUGAUGAGAUGUAUGAGAAACUACUCUAGAACAUAACUUCAGUGGAAGAUCUGACACCAUCAUUGAUAUCAUAGAGGAUUCAGUCUCAGAUACAAGAUUUCUUCUCGGCUAUUUAUCUUUAGAUGAAGGAAAUCGAAAGAGAUGUCCUCAAUCAAGUAAAGUCAUCAACCAAACUCAAGGAACUUGCCUACAUGAUUGAAACCUUGAAUGCUUAGUUUGACGAAGAGCUCUUGCACAGAUUGGAAGUCGAGAGGAAUGUCUUGAAUGACAAGGUAGACAGAGCAAGGUUUGGAUAUAUUGUUUCUCGCAAAUAGUACUAUAAGGAUCUUAUUAAAGAGAUGGAAGGAUUUAAUAUAUAAUUAAGCUCAAAGAUUGAGACAUCUGGCCAGCUUCUUACUGAUCUUAUUGCAGUAAAGAUUGAUAGACUCUAGAUCUAUGAUAGACUUUACGACUUGGUUGAGCAUUAGGUUAUGAUUAAUAAUGAAAACAUCGAGAGGAAGGCCCCACCUCCAGCCUAAGAGCUUAGCUUACUGUCUCUUAAUGGAAGAAAGAAUGAUGAUUUUAUUUCACCAUUCAAGACUCCUCAAGAUAGAAAGAUGAAUGGAAGAGUUGAGGAAAACAAAUCUCAAGGAAGCAGUUAGAACAGUGAUAACGAGAAUCUUCAAUCUAUCAAUACAUUCUAUACUCUAAGAGGCAAUGAUAUUUUAAGAACUUCCCUAAGCACUAAUCUCACCGAUAAGCUCUUCACAGUGACCCAUAGCUUUUCACCAAGGGUAGCUUUUACCUAGAAAGGUAAAGUUUUCUUGAUUGGUGGAUCCUUGGAUUAAGGCUAAAACUAGUUAAUUAAAAAUACCUUUGAACUUGUUUUCGGAAAGACUGGUAGAAGCACCCGAAGAAGGUCAUCUCAAAAUCAUCAGUAGGAACCUUGGUUGGUUGAGAAAUCAUCCAUGAAUCUUGCCAGAAUCGCCUUCGGUUGUGCUGUCGACAACUAUGGAGAAAAAAUCUUUGCCAUUGGAGGUACUGUUGGUCUUUAAUAACCAACCAAUCAAGGUGAGUACUAUGAAGUAGCUUCCAAUACUUGGAUGCAGUUGCCCAGUCUUAAUGAAGCCAAAUUCUCUCACUCUCUUUGUAUUUUCAACGACACCUAGCUAUUCUCCUUCGGUGGAUUCGACCAACACCUUCAAUUGAGUACCAAAAUCGAGAGAAUCCAUUUGGAUGGGAUGGAACCUAGAUGGGAGAUAAUCAAUGUUCAGCUCCCAAUACCUGUGUCAUCAGCAGGAGGAUUCCAGAUUAUAGACAGUGAGAUAGUUAUCUUCGGAGGAUGGGACUAACAGAACUUGAAUUCAUGCUUCAUUUUGAAAAGUGAGACUCCAAGCACCUUCAGUAUUCAAGAAGAGGAUGAAUGCCACUUGGCUUAACCAGAUCUUUUCUUAUUCACUGGUGCUUUGAGAAUGGAUCUAGACAAGAGAGAGAUAAUUGUGUCAGGUCAAGACUAUAUCCAUAAAUUCAACGAGAAAGAGAGAGGAUUUGAAAUCGUUAAGAAAAUUGAAUGA